GUCAGAGGCGGGUGUGUCCGGGGAGAAGGGUCAGGUGUCCAGUGCUGCAGAUGAGUGUCGCAGCUACAUCUCCAGUAGACCCCCCCAGACACCCGAACACGAGGAACAGAUCCCGGGUGCUCUGCUGGGCCGGAAGGAUUUCUGGAGGAAGAUGUUCAAGUCGCAGAGCGCCGCCAGUGACACGAGCAGCCAGUCGGAGCAGGACACGUCAGAGUGCACCACUGCCCACUCCGGCACCACCACCGACCGGCGCUCUCGAUCCAGAUCCCGUCGCAUUUCACUGCGCAAGAAGCUGAAGCUGCCCAUAGCAUGCCGUCGGACUGCUCGCCUUCCACUCACUCUCUCUGUCUUACGUAACUGGCUCAAGCGUUCGUCUCUCUCUGGACUGACUGACGGUGUCGAGGACCUGCUGGACAUCAGCUCAGUCGACCGACUCUCCUUCAUACGACAGAGUUCAAAGGUGAAGUUUACGAGUGCAGUAAAGCUGUCAGAAGGGGGCGCUGUGGGGCCAGAGUACGGCAGGGACGAGGAGGAGAAUUUCUUCAAGCGGCUCGGUAAAUGGAGGUCUGGCAGGAGGAAUCCAUCCAAGCUUCACCACACAGAAGAGAAAGAUGGUCCUCAUGGUUUUCAGGAGCGCCUCGCAGCCAGUCAGGAGGCCAUGAAGAACAAGAAUGUGGUGAAUUUGGGCGCCAUACGACAGGGUAUGAAACGCUUCCAGUUUCUCUUGAACUGCUGUGAGCCGGGAACCAUCCCCGACGCCUCCAUCCUCGCUGCCGCUCUGGACCUGGAAGCUCCGGUUGUGGCUCGGGCCUCCCUCUUCCUCGAAUGCGCCAGAUUCGUCCAGCGCUGUAACCGCGGCAACUGGCCAGAGUGGAUGAAAGGCCACCAUGUUAACAUCACCAAGAGAGGCCUGUCGAGGGGACGGUCGCCGAUUGUGGGCAACAAAAGAAACCAGAAACUGCAGUGGAACGCUGCCAAACAUUUCUGCCAGUGGGGAGACGCGAUCGGAACGAGGCUCAGCGAACUCUGUCACUCUGACAGUGAGAGCCCCUCCAACAUCCUGGGUUACAUCUAUGAUGAAGAGACCAAACGGAGGAUGAGGAAAGAAGACGAGGAAGAGGAUUAUUUAGAUGACAACACAGUCAAUCCUACAAAGUGCGGCUGCCCCUUCGCUCUGAAGAUGGCCGCCUGCCAGCUCCUGUUGGAAAUCACCACCUUCCUGCGGGAGACUUUUCCCUGCUUGCCACGCCCACGCACCGAGCCACUUGUGGACCUCGACAGCUGCCGCUUGCGUUUAGACCCCGAGCUUGGCCGCCACCGCUACGAGAGGAAGAUCAGCUUCGCGGGUAUCCUCGACGAUGAGGACGGACACGAUUCGCUCAACAGCAGCAGCCACACGCUAAAGUCUGACACCACCUGCGACGACAAGAAGCCGCAGGAAACUCAGGCACCCGUCCGGAAGAUUCGUAUCGGAGGAUCUCGGCUGCUCCAGAUUAAAGGCGCCCGCAGCUUCCGUGUGAAGAAAGGGGGCUCCCUGUCGUCCAUACGUCGAGCAGGGAGCCUGAAGAGCACCAAGCUGUCCCGGCAGGACUCCGAGUCGGAGAACGAAGAGGGUUUGUUGUCACAGACGCACAGCAGGGACACGGUUACCGACAUUGGGAGUCCCUUCAGCACCAGUGAGCCCAGCAUAGAGCCAGAGGGUCAGAGCUCAGGAGGAGCCGAGGACAAUUAUCACCGCAACAUGUCCUGGCUCCAUAUCAUGAUCCUGCUGUGCAACCAGCAGAGUUUCAUCUGUACCCACAUUGACUUCUGCCACCCACACUGCUACCAGCACCACAGCCGCUCCUGCGCCC